CCGGCUCGCGCGAGCGUGCCGGCGUCCAUCAUCACCGUGGUGUCAAAGCAGACCGUUCGGCCCGAGCGCGCUUCGCCGAUCGGAGACCUCAAGCUAUCCUUCUCCGACAUGCUCAUGCUGUCCUGCAGCUACAUUUAGAAGGGGCUAUUCUUCCGGCUUACAUGCACGCCGAUGGCAGGCAUCCUGUCAUCGCUGGUGUCGUCGCUCUCCCGCGCGCUCGCCGUCUUCCCGCCGCUCGCGGGGCGGCUAGUCACGCUCCCCGACGGCCGCAUCGUCAUCCGUUGCAACGACGAUGGCGCUGCCGUCGACUUCUUCCAUGCGGUGGCGCCCGCUCUGUCGCUUGCGGACUUCCUCGUGUCGGACGCCGACGUGCCCACCAUGCUGAUCAAAGAUCUGUUCCCGAUGGCCGGUGCCGUGAGCUACGAAGGCCACCACCGCCCGCUCUCGUCAUUCCAAGUCACGGAGCUCGGGGACGGCGCUUUCUUUCUCUCCGUCGUCGUCAACCACGCGGUCGUGGACGGGACCUCGUUUUGGCACUUCUUUAAUACGUGGGCUGGGCUGUGCCGCGGCGAUCCAGUCCAGCUACCGGACUUCGGCCGCAGUUUCUUCGGCGGCUCGACGGCCGUCCUCCGCUUCUCCGGACGCGGCGGUCCCGCAGGGACGUUACACGCGCCGCAGCCAUUGCGUGAGCGAGUCGUCCACUUCAGCGCCGCGGCGAUCCGCGACCUGAAAGCCGCCGCCAACGGGUGA